CAAAGUUGCAAACGCCAUUGUUACGUUUCAGAAAUCAGAAUCGGUUUUAUGUGCUUUUCCUAAAAUCUAAAGGCACCAUUAUUAUAAAAAGUACGUAAAGAUGAGUGAAUUGGUUUGGGGAAUAAAAAAUGGCGAUAUAGACCAAGUAAAACAAAUAAUAGAGAAUAAGAAAAUCGAUGUAAACGCCCUCAUAGAUGGUCGGGUACCCUUACAUUAUGCCGCAGAUUACGGCCAAACAGCAGUCCUCAACUACUUACUGGAUAAAGGGGCUGAUCCAAACAUGGUGGACAAACAUGGAAUAUCAGUUAUCCUGGCAGCUAUUUGGGAAGGUCAUACAGAUUGUGUCAAAACUUUACUAAAAAAUGGUGCUUCUAAAAAUGGAAAAACACCAGAUGGCACUCCAUAUCUUGAAGCUGCAGAGAAAGAUGAAAUCAAAGAGCUAUUGACAUAAAAGGAGGUUUGGUAAUCUAUCGCAAAUAUUAGCAGACUUCUCUAUAAGUAUUGAUUUUAAAGCUAAAAUGAACUUGCUUUAGGUGGAACGAUAAAUUAGUCCAACAGAAAAUAUUUUUACAUGCAUUUAUUUACAUUGUAAUGAAUUAUUUUUAUAUGCUCAACAAAGUGUUAUGAACAGCCAAUGUAUUAUGAUUGUGGUCUCUCUUUAGUGUUAGAUGUUGAAAGGCCUAUUUUAGAAUUGUCCAAAAUUCUUAUGCUAUGACUGCAAUCACCUCGAUGAAAAAUUAAAUUUACUUUUAGGUGAUAGAACAUAGAAGGCCUUUUUUAAUCUUUAAAUUAUUCCAUAUUUGCUUGUAAGUUUGAUUCCAAAAUAAUGUUAAGGUGUUAUUUUAAAUUGCAACAUAAAAAAACUGAUUACAGAAGUCAGGCUUAUAUUUUCUUAUUUAACAUU